CCGGGCGCGGUGCACUGUGGGAGUGAGGCCCCGCCCCGGGCGCAGUGCACUGUGGGACUGAGGGCCAUCAUGGUGAAGCUGACGGCUGAGCUGAUCGAGUUGGCGGCUCAAUACACCAACCCCGUGCGGGACCGGGAGCUCGACCUGCGGGGUUACAAGAUCCCGGUUGUGGAGAAUUUGGGGGCGACUCUGGACCAAUUUGACUGCAUCGAUUUCUCAGACAAUGAAAUCCGCAAAAUGGACGGGUUCCCGCUGCUGCGGAGAUUAAAGAGUCUCCUGUUCAACAACAACCGCAUCUGUCGGAUAGGUGAAAGCCUUGAGCAGGCAUUGCCUAACCUGCGGGAGUUGGUACUCACAAACAACAACCUACUGGAACUGGGGGAUCUGGACACACUUUCAACCAUCAAGACCCUUACAUUCCUGAGUCUCCUGAGGAACCCAGUCACGAGCAAGAAGCAUUAUCGUCUGUAUGUGAUCCACAAAGUUCCACAGGUCAGAGUCCUGGAUUUCCAGAAAGUCAAACUGAAGGAACGUCAGGAAGCGGAUCGAAUGUUCAAAGGCAAACGUGGGGCGCAACUUGCAAAGGAUAUAACCAAGAAAACAAAGACUUUCACACCAGGUGCAGGGUUGUCAGGGGAGAAGAAAAAAGCUGGUCCUUCUGCUCCUGAAGUAGAAGCAAUUAAGAAUGCUAUUGCAAAUGCAUCAACGCUGGCUGAGGUGGAGAAACUGAAAGGCAUGCUACAGGCUGGACAAAUCCCAGGCAGGGACAGGAAGGCUGGUCCUGCUGAUGAGGUUGAGGAGGAGGAUAUGGAAGAAGAUACCAUUACCAAUGGCAACUAAUGUUUUCCUCUGUACUUGCAUUAAAUGUUUUUGUUUCAUGGUCUCCAGAUUUGAGAGAACAUUUCCGAGUUUUAUUGAGUAUUGAGUGUGUUGAUCGGUGGACUCUAGUCUCAGCAGGAGCCUGUUUAAGUUUCAGCAUCUUGUUCCUGGCUAGCUGGUAAUGGGUACAAAGGCACCUGUGCCCAUUGCCCACACCUGUCAUACCAACUGCAGUAAAUAUUGACUUGUGUUGCAUUUAUACCCUAACUGAGCUGUAGAUUCACUUUAGCAACUUAAUUAUCAUGUUCAGAUUGUAAAAUGUAAAUGUUUGCUUGCCAGAGUGUUUUGAUAAUAAACAUUUUUAAAAAACUUAA